UGGUACUUGCAGCAAGUUCUUUGUAAACGAAAUGGAACGAGCUCAACAAAACAAGCCCUCCAUGUCUUAUAGACAAUGUUGAGUGAACAGAGCUUACCUAGCUGUAAAGUAUUAAAUUGAGUAAGAGACAUGCCAGCUGCACCACCACCUCCUCCAGCUGGCCCUAGCUUUGACUCGCCUGAAUAUGACGCGCUUCAGAAGACGAUACUGGGAACCGUUGAAGCUCGGCCUGAGCAAAUAGCACGUGAUUGUUUGGACGAUAUCUUGCACUGCUUCAGCUUAGCCGUUCAUGAGCAUCGGGCGCAUACUCGCGUCGUGGAGGAUGCGGUCGACUCAUGUCUGGCGACAGCCUUGGACGUAAUAGAGAUGCAAUACCCGGCACGUGAGGACAACCCUGUGUCAGCUAUAUCUCUUGAACACAACAGCUGGGAGCAGGAGAAGCCACCCGAUCCAUGCUCAUUCGAUUCAUGGCUGCGGUCCGCCCUGCCAGACAUGGCGCCAACGUCCACCAGCUCUUGGGCCAUGCAGCAGUUCCUCAUGAAGGAGCCCACCAUCAAGCGCAACACCUCAACCCUCAGCAACGGAGGCAGCGGCAGCGGUACCGGUGGCGGCAGCGGCACCACCCCCACCCCAACCUCCACCGGCGACCCCACCACCUCCGCCCCACCAGUCGGCGACGGCCCGGCCUCCCGCUCCGCCUCCUUCUCCGCCCAGGACGCCCGCAUGGCUCGCUCCGCAGCAGCAGCAGCUGCUGCUGCCACUUCAGGAGGAGGAGCCGGCGUCACCUACGCAGCAGGUACCUCUGGCGGCGGCGCGGGCCCCCGCCGCGAGCCGCCCCUCAACGCCGCCAGCACCCGCUCGCUGCACCCCACCUCCUCGCGGCGCCACAUCACCAAGCUGGACACGCGCAAGCAGCUGACGCCGGAGCAGGAGCUGGUGGAGGAGCAGCUGCGGCAGGAGCUGCAGCAGCGGAAGACGCAGGAGGAGAUGAGCCGGCGGCUGGAGCAGAAGGACGCGGAGGAGCGGAGCAAGCUGGCGAGUCUGCGGAAGGAGCUCAAGGGCAAGGACUACACGUAUGACCACAAGGGAGAGGUUGUCAUCCUCAACGAGUUCGACCCCGAUCGCACACCCCUGGAGGGCCUCUCGGGGCCCGGCUACAAGGUGGCCGCACCCGAAGACAGCGCACGAGCCCUCUCGCCCAAGCGUCGCAGCACCCUGCAGGCAGCCGGGGGUGCUGCGGGCGGUGCGGUGGGUGGGGGUGCUGCGGGCGGCAGGGGGGCAGCAGCAGGGGCGGCGGCGGAUGCACCACCGGCGGGCGCCGCUGCUGCGCCGCUGACGCGCUCCUCCGCCACCCUCAGCCCCACUGAGAUGCGGAAGGAGCGGGACCGGCGACUGGCUUCGGACUUCAAGAAGAUGCAGCCCAAGACGCAGCCGUCAGCCAUGGACACGCUCAUGCCGGCGGGUGGCGUGACGCUGAGGGGCGCCGGCGGCGUCACCAAGUCCGGCCCCCUGCGACCCGCCCAGCAGGGCAUUACUCGCGAAGCCUACGCCAAGCAAGUCGCCAAAAAGGCCCUGCAAGCGCAGCUAGCGGAGGCCGCCGCAGCCGCAGGCGGCGGCGGCAGCGGCUCCCCCGGUACCCCCACACGUGGGCACUCCGCCAUGAACGACCCCCCCGGCAGCACCCGCAGCACGCGCAGCACCCUAAACGGCGUGGGUGCCCGGAGUCUGACGGCCAGGAGCACGGGCUCCGGAACCGCGGCGCGUGUGGCGGCGUUGCUAGCGGAGGGUAACAACAACAACAACAACAACAGCGGCAGCAAGAUGUCGGUCAUGAUUGAUCCGCUGGCGGCGUAUGAAGAUGACCGGUUCGAUCCGUUCGCGGGCGCGCGGCCGCGAGCGCGGGGGCAGAGCUCGCAGCCGCUUGUGAGGACCUCCACGCCGGAUGUGAACCUGAGCCUGACGAGUGCAGGGGAUUGGGGCAGUGCGGGGCUGGGGCGGGUGUAUGAGGCGCCGCAGUCGCUGCCGCACAGCAAGCCUACGGAGAAGCAGCUGGUGGAAACAGUGGGCCGCGGCGAGCGGUUGCCCAGGGAGCGCGCCCCGCUGCCUACCCUGGCCCCCCCGCUGUCGCCCAGCAAGGCGGGACUGCCCAAGUCCUCAGACCGGCUGCAAUUCCACUCGGUGCUGGCGGAGUAGCGGGGCGGUGGCUGGGAGGGGGGUCAAAGUAGACCAACCCAUAGAAACCACGAACUAUGUCGUGGGGGAGGGGAAGGGGAAAGUGUUGAAGAAAUGGGAGGGGGAUCAGCACACGCCCAUGUCCCGGGGGGAGGGGCGGGUGAUGGGGGUACUAGGUGUCGUGGUGCUGCUGGUGCCGGCAUUUUACAUAGGGGCAUGUACUUGGAGGGGCAAUGGAGGCGUAAGCGAGCGGUUGUCGUGAGCAGUAAGGUGAUUGUGGAGGUGGAGGCAUCGCGUGAUUGGGGGAGGCGCUGUGGCCUCGAAACGCCGUGCCGCGUUUGUACGGCUUAGGAGGCCGUACAGUGCUGUACAUGGCGAGUAUGAAGUCAAGGUGUUGUGUGCACCCUCUUGUGGGAGAAAGGCGUGCAACUUUGGGUUGCCGGCUGGGGCUUCCUGCUGCCCUUUCGGUUGGAGCUUGGAGGCACAUCACCAUAUCCUGUGAGCAAUCUGGGCAUGGUUCGGUUAGGAAGGACGCCCCGACAGCACCUGGGCGACAGCCGUCCCGGAAACCGGCGUAGCAGUUCACCGUUUGCAAGGCUAUUCUCGUUAGGUUCUGCUGCAGGUGGCUGCGGCGUCCAGGCCGGGAACCUACUGUCAGCUAAAUUUGUUAUACAUAUGCUUCAAAUCCAUAGGAGGCGGAUGUUACAAUGGGGGAUGUGAUCGUCCAAAAGCUUACUAAGUACCGUACGUGAACCUUAGAGUGAUCCACACGAUACAGGAGCAGCUAUACACUCGUUUAAUUGCAAGCUUUGUCACAACGACGCGUCCGUCGAUGCUUCGUAUUACCUUCGCCCGCUGCAAGGCCUUCCCUUUCACAACGACAAACGAGAAGAAUAAGAGGUCUUGUUAAUUAUACCCUGAAGAAGAGGAGAAAAUCGUCCUUUUUUGAUAUCCCGUAUAUUAUGAAUUGAAAGGCUUCUCGGCGUCCCAGCUGCACAGAUCCCGUCGAAUGGACGAUUACAACUAUGUCACGGAUCCACCUGGAGAUUUACUUUGUGCUGUAUGCUACCACGCGCUGAGGGAGCCCAGAUGCUGCCCUCGCUGCCAAAAGGCGUUCUGCACUCAGUGCAUCUCGCAAUGGGGCUCGACUCAGAGACGCAAGAGUGUUCCGUUCUCGUGCCCCUACUGCCGGGCACCUCUGCGCUAUACGCAGCUCUUUCCGGCGGAAAACCUGGCAAGCCGCCUGGAUUCACUGCUCGUGUACUGCCCCAACCGCUCCAUCGGCUGCUCAUCGACAGUCCGUCGCGCUGACCUGGUCGGCCAUCUAGCCAACUCCUGUGACUUUACCAUAGUACGUUGUCCGGAUUGCAACGCCGCGUUGCAACGUGGCGCGCUGGCGGACCAUCUGGGCUCAGCAUCCUGCCCAUGUCGCAGAUUGCCAUGCCCCAACGCACCCUUAGGCUGCCCUGCACAACUACAACCACAAUCCCUGGACGCUCACCUGGCAUGCAGCUGCUUGUACGAACCCCUCAGCUGCCGCCACUGCCACGCAACCGUGCUGCGAGGUCAGGCUGAGGAACAUCUCUGGCUGGGAUGUCCAUCCCACUGCCCCUGCCCCAACCGACCUCGCGGUUGCAGCUUCGUAGCCCCAGACUUGCCCUCCCUAGUGGAGCACGUCCGGGUGGGGGGAUGCCCCUGCGCCUACUGCGAUGGAACGCAGACCUCACCUCAUGCAGCACGGCUCCUGGCAGUCCUGGGAGGGCCCGCAGCUUCCCCUGAUCAAGAGAUCGGCCAUGUUCGGUCCUUGCUACAGCAGCAACUGGAGCAGGAACAGCAGCAGCGGCAGCAGCAGCAGCAGGCGAUCUACCGCCCACACUUUCCCGCUGCCUCAGCCGCAGCCACUGCUGGUGGUGCUGCGAACAUCGGCAGCAGCUGCAGCGACAGUUCCUUGCAGCACGCUGGGUAUGCUGCUCCUGCUGGCGCCGGCGUUGUUGCAUCGCCAUCAUCAUUUACAUCACCAUCGCCAACGACCCAUGGGACCUGGGUGCAUGGGCUGUUCGUUCCCGCUGCGCUCUACCCGCAAGGUCUGCCCACACCAGCAGCUUCCUCGAGUGCCGCUGCUGCCACCGCCGCCGGGGCCAACAGCAGCAGCAGCGGCAGCUGUGUGCUGCCCCCACCUCCCUGGCCCUGGGUGGUGGAUUCCACACGGGAGGGAGUGCCGGAGGCCGCCGUAGCAGCCCUCGUGCGACAGCACUUCACCGCCGUACCACCGAAUGUACGACAAGAGCUGCAUCUGCAAGUACGUCAACAGGGGAAGCAGGAGCAGGAGCACCAGGAGAGGCAGCCGGGGCAGGAGAAUCGGCAGCACCAGCAGCAGGCGAAGCAGCAAGGGAAGAAGGAGAAGCAGCAGCAGCAGUCUUCUGAGGCCGGUGAAGGGCACGGCGGUACCUGGGCCAUGUCGGCAGCAGCGGUGGAUGCGGGCGAUGUCACCUUACUGGGUUUGACGGAGGAGGCAGCGAGGAAGGAGGAAGAGGACAUG